UCUUUCACCUUCAUCAAAACAGUAAACCCGAAGUCUUCUUCUUUCUUCUUCCCAUCGAUUCCGACAUCGAAUCUCAGUGAAUUCUUCGUUGUCUUAGCUUGUUAAAACCUAAACCCUCGAUUCCGACAUCGAUGAAGUGAGCGCUGCUUCGUCCGCCGCUGUAUUCGAUUCUGAAGUCAAAACACAAAAUUCAUCGAUUUCUGCUUCAACAGAGGUCCUUCAACGAACCUAUUUGAUUGUUGAAAUCAAUGUUUAGUUGAAUGGAGCGUGAAGAUUGAACAUUUACUCUCUACUCUUAGAAUUGAGAAUUGGGUAUGUGAACAUAAUAAUGGUUCAAUAGAUUCUUUGAACUUUCUUUACUCUGUCUCUCUGAGGCUCACAAAUUUGCAAUCUUUGCGGAGAUCUGAGGCAACCCUUUUCUCCUCUGGUUCUUGAUUGCCACAGAAGGGAUUUGGCCUGUAGGGAUCAACUGAGGCUGAGGAGCAAACUCUCUUGGCGUCGACGCAGUCUUUGUUUUGUUGCAAACGAAUUCAAGUUUAAGUGUCUGGCCUGUAAACGGCGCGCUGCUCAAUCCGCAUAGAUGAAAAUAGUUAAGGCAAAUGCAGGAGCACUUACCAAUUUCGAGGUGCUUGACUUCCUAAAUUCAAGAGGUGCAUCAAAGGAUACAACUAGAGUUAUAGCUCCAAUUGCUAUAUCAGAAUACAAGGUCUAUGAUUACUUAGUGGAGACUGCUGCUUCCACUCAAACACGAGAGAGCGUUAACAAAUUUGCAGACAAGUGCAAAGAUUUCAAAGUCGCAAAAGCUGAGAUUCUCAACAUCAUCAAUCUCCGGCCUUCUUCUGCUGUCGAGUUGGCACCGAUCAUAGAGACACCCAAGAAAGGGGAAAAAGAACGAAAAAUCGACACUGAUGGGAUAUUAGAGCUUGUGAAGGAUUUGCUACCUCCUUUGCCUACAACUGAUGAAACUCCUGAAGAUAAUGACGAAGAGGAAACUGAGAACGGUGAAGAGUCGUAGUAACAUGCAAAUGAAGUUUUCUGAGUUGUUAUCUUUGUUUAGCUUAGAAUGUUUUUAUGAAUCUGAAAUUGUACUAAACUAAAUUGAGUCACAAAUUAAAAAAAAACAAAGAAAUAAAUUGUGCACCAUAAAGGUUUGUUGUA